CCUGUGUGAUACUGACACAUGGGUAUAUUGCUAUAAUUAACUCUGGAGGACGAGGUUACACUCUCUUUGUAACUGUUGAGAUAGAGCUCCUUCAAUGGCAAAUCAUAAGAUUAGUUAUUUACAGCUGAAGAAACCUUCUUUUUAAGGUUUUAACACCAACACUCAAUCCAAAUCACUAGAUUUAAAUUGAUUGGGAUAGAGAGAAUGCCCUCCUUAAUAUCUCCUUCUACACCAACAUUUUCUUCUUCUACUUCAUCAAAGCUUCAAUGGGUUGUUAUAAUUUCGACACUGAUAAUUGGGUUUGUGAUCAUGAUUAGUAACAAGAACCCUGAUUGUCUGUCAGAAAAUAAUGGAGGUAAAACAUCACCUCAUGCUGUUACUACCCAUAAUCAAGAAAAUGAAAACGGAGAAGCACUUCUGUUAUCUUCGUCAUCAUCCUCUUCGUUUCGACGCACCGACAAUUCUCGUAUACUCUCAGAACAGUUGAGUAAAUUACAAGGACUUGAAGAAGGUCUAGCAAGAGCUCGGUCUGGGAUAAGAAAUGCAGCUCGAAACCAAACAUCACAUGGAGAAGAUAAAAAUUCCAUUUAUAGGAAUGCUGGUGAGUUUCACUGGAGUUACUCAAAAAUGGAGAAAAUGUUUAAGAUCUAUGUAUAUGAGGAGGGCAACCCACCACUAUUCCACAACGGCCCUUACAAGGGCCUCUAUUCAACAGAGGGAAUGUUUAUAAACGGGAUAGAGACUAGUAAACAAUUACGAACACGGGAUCCUGAUAGAGCUCAUGUCUAUUUCCUCCCAUUUAGCAUCAAAGUGAUGGUUCGUUAUCUUUAUGAGAGUGAUUCUCAAGACGUCGAGCCGAUAAAACGUACCAUUGCCGAUUAUGUUGAUAUCAUUGCCAGAAAAUAUCCCUAUUGGAACAGAAGCUCAGGAGCUGAUCAUUCCAUGCUAUCCUGCCAUGAUUGGGGUCCACGCACAUCUUCCUCCAUUCCAUUACUAAACAAAAAUUCAAUUAGGGCUCUCUGCAAUGCCAAUACCUCCGAGGGGUUCAAUCCCUCAAAAGAUUUAUCUUUUCCAGAAAUCAAUCUUCGCAAAGGUAAUCUACCAGUUAUAGUUGAGGGCUUACCGCCAUCUGACCGUUCUAUACUUGGUUUUUUUGCCGGGCGACUGCAUGGAAAUAUCAGAGUCAUACUAGUACAACACUGGAAAGACAAAGAUGAUAAGAUACUAGUCUAUGACCACCUCCCAGCAGGAAUCUCAUAUGGCACCAUGAUGAGAAAGAGCAGAUUCUGCUUAUGCCCAAGUGGCUAUGAAGUCGCGAGCCCAAGAAUUGUUGAAUCAAUUUACUCAGAAUGUGUUCCAGUUCUAAUAUCUGACCAUUAUGUUCCCCCAUUUAGUGACAUCCUUAAUUGGAAUUCGUUUUCAGUUCAGGUACGGGUAAAUGAGAUUCCGAACCUGAAAACAAUCCUAAUGAGUAUAACUGAGGAACGGUAUUUGGAACUGCACAAGAACUUGAAGCAGGUCCUGAAACAUUUUAUGGUUAACGAUCCUCCCGUUAGACAUGACGCCUUCUAUAUGACUAUUCAUUCAAUUUGGCUUAGGAGAUUAAAUUUUCGAAUCAACACUUGAUUUUUUUAGUGAUUGUAGGCAAAUCCUGUGUGAAUUCUUCAGAGUGUCAUUGUUGUUACUUGUUCAUUUGUUUAUACAUAAAUGUAAAUUUCCUUAUCCCAUUUCAGCUCUGU